GAGACCCCGAGUGCUCCCGCACUUUCCAGACAGGCACUUUCCAAACCAACAUAUCCUAAAGAUAGACUCGAUGAUGCAGAACGCGGCUCGCAGCGCCUACUAACAGGAAACAUCUCGCAAUGUGUCUCCGGGGGAGUUAUUUUGGCUACUCCUCAUUGGGGAUCCGUCGUGAGGUUGUGUAGCGGAGUUGAUGUCCUCGAAUUGCCGCGCCGCGCGCACGGAAGAGCACCGCAAACGAACGAACGAACGCACGCGCAGCGCGGCGCAACCUAGCGCAGCACAGCCAACUGACGACGGUGCGCUAUGGUAUGCGGCGGUUCUUCACUGCAAAAAAGCGAACUCGGCGGAUUUGCGCGUUUUACGUCGCCUCGCUCGCGAUAACCCCGGACGGGAUAUAAGGUUAUGCCGUUGCGAACGAUCCGCGGCUCUCCUCUCAUUCGCGGGGGCCACCGUGUCGGCGUGCUUUCGUGGGCGGGGAACGCGAGUGACCGUAAGCAAUGAAAUUUUUAAUUGUACGGUGACACAUUCCUCGUGAGACACGGGCAGGUGUGUCUUCUCUCGGAUGUGUACACAGCCCCACCAAGCAGCCUCGCGUACGCUCCGGUCUCCGGUUUCAUCCGGUCGCGGUUUCGUCCGAUCGGCGGGACGUGUAAUGCGUUACGGACUGAAAACAAUCUGAGGAGUUUCCGAUGACUGUCGACAAUACAGAUUAUCAUAAGGCAAGAAAAAUGAGUACCUCACUAACGUCACUUCAACCAAAUAGUCAAAGCUUAGAAAGACAGAGACAUGUCAGAAAAACGACAGAAAGACUUUAUAACAGUCUCACCAAAAAGAGGAAAGAUCCAAAGCAACCAAACGUUCAAAGAAUGUGGAUAAAUCAAGAAGACUGCAAAGAUGACUUUUGGGCAGCUAUAAGAUCAAAUUAUGAUUAUAUUAUGGACACUAAUUUAAUCGACACUUGCAAGGAAGCAAACGGUGAAUUGAUAUGGGAUGAAACAGAUGUGUCAACACAAUCGUGGAAUUUGAAGGAAGUUAGUAGCCAAUUUUCAGAGCUUUAUUCAUGGUUAAGAAUUCUCCAAGAAUUGGUCUAUUCUAAAGAAGAAAAUCUCUUAGAUAAAAGCCUGCGUGCAGCUCAUAUGGAGGAGCUACGACGCAAGGCGUACAGACGCAAAUUGUUCAAUGAGCAAGCAGAAAAGUUAAUUUCUCGCGCCCCUGCUUUAAAAGACGAAGUAGGGUGGCGUGUAGAUCACUUGAAUGCGAAAUGGGAACUAGUUGAACAAAUUAUGGCACCCAUAGACCGACCUGUAUCUAGUCAACAAGAUAUAUCUGCAGAUUUUGAACGUGAAGUAAAGUGUCUAAGAAAGUGGUUACGAGAAAUGGAGUCGCGACUUCAACCUCUAAGCUUUCACAUCAAUUGGACUUUGUCAGAAUUGGAGGAAAAAGCAGUAGAGCACAUGGUACUCCAACGAGACAUAGAGGCGCACGGUCGUAUCGUCAGCUCAGUUGUGAAAUUAGGCGACAAGGUUUUCACGCAGCAACAACAACAGCAGCAGCAGCGGGAACAGCAACAGGAACAACGUCAAGAGCAGCAACAGCACUCUUCGCAGUCUCCUUUACGGACGGUGAGAUCGUUGGAACGGCGUUGGCAUCUUCUAUUUCUACGAGCUUUGGAAUGGCAAUGUCACAUUGAAACUCUUGCGUCUCAUAUAAGAAACAAGAACGUCGUGCCUUACCGCAGCAGCAGCGACAGCGACGAGGAACCAGUCACGAAACAGCCUCGUCUCAGCCGCGGACGAUCGCGCGGUUCUGGAACGGAAUCCCCGCCGAGUCAGUCCGCUCGCUCGACGCGCAGCGAACGCGCGAAGCGCGUUGGACGCUCGCGAUCCGAGUAUUGGGACCGUCCGGUCUCCGCGAGGACCGCCGAUCUUUCCGACAGCGAGGUUUCUUCCGAGAACCGAUCCGUCGGCGAAGGAUCGUACUUCGAGGAUGAACUACGCGAGCUGUAUGUGAUGGACACAAGGUCCGACGAACUGGAGAAACGAGAAGCCACGAGUUUUGUCGCGUCUAUUCUGGAGGAUCGCGGAGAGGAAGGUGACGUCGAGGAAAGUGGAGUCAGCGACAACGAGCAACACGACAUGCCACCCACACCGGACACCGUGCCGAUAACGACAUCGACGGCGAUGCAAGAGACGCGCGACGAGAUCGACGCGGCCGGCGCCGUGCAAAUCGAGAGCGCCGAAAAAUCGAGCAACAGUCUCCGGACGAGCGAGUUUACGAAACGUCGCGGGACAACCGACGAGGUCGCUUCAUUCAACACGUCCGACAGAAAGUCGAAGAACUGUGCCACCUUUUACUUCAAGCACCUCGACACCGACUCCGAGGCGGACGGUGUUCAGCCGAUGCAGGAAUCGCCCAACGCGGUGGACGACUCCUCCGAGGAGGAGUGGACCUACACCUCCUCCCGUCAAAAUAAUUCCGUCGUUUUGGAGCAACGAAAAACGAACGUUGUGGUCCGUCUGGAUUUCGACGAGAGCCCGCGCGUCGACGUGUCGGGGAACAUACAUUUUGCGCAGCAGGCGAGCGUAAGCGGUGAGAAAGAGAUGGCCGCGGGACAGGCCCACGACUGCGACGCUCAGCAGAAAGAUAGCGAUGACGAAAGGAAGAACGAUAAAUCGAGAAUUCAGAGGCUGAUCAAGGAGGUGGAAAACUUGAUCGGCGAAGAGAGGCAUGGUGGUACCCCGCGCAUCUUCCCGCCGUUAGUAUUCGAAGAGAAGGACAUAACGAAUAAUCAUCGAGUUAAAUAUGCCCGCGUGAAGGAAUGGUUGAAGCUGAAUGCGGCAAGGGGCCAUGAGGGCAGGUCACAGCCAUUAGAUAGCUGUGAUGCCAGCGGUGAAUACACAACGGAAGAAUCCGAUGGAGAGAGACAGUCGAUAUCGUCGGAGGAUUUGCAGAGCAGUGUUGCGACUUAUCGUCGAUUCGAAGGCGCUGUCACUCAUGUGUCGCCGUCCAUGUCGCAAGAAAUAUUCGAUUUCAUCGAGAAAACGCCUGUCAAUGAGGCGCCUCCCCCCAGCGCAAUAUUAGAAACGAAUACACCGAAGGUCAUAAUGCGCUCUAAACAAAAGGCGAAAGGAUCUCGACCGUGGAGCGUGUCUUGUAUUUCUCAGAUUGGGGAUAAGCCUAAUUUGGCUCAAAUCAAUGAUCCCAUUUCGCAGUUUUCUAUAUCUGAGACUGCGCUUCAUCAGUUGGUCGCAACUCCGCCCACGAAAUCCGUAUCCUUGGAUGCUGCAGGAUCACGGAAAUCGUUUAACAAUUCGACAUCCACUUUGUUAGAGGAGUCUAUUAUUUGUUCUGAUGCUCGCGUAGUUAGAAAUAUUUCGUUCCGCAGAAAGAAGAAUAGGUUACGAAAGAAAACCUUGGGCCGUAAGAGCGAAUCUAGUUCAGAAAGCGCGCAUACCAAUCACCAUUCGGCGGGGAGCGAUGGUAGCACGAAUCAACAACGCUCAUCUCGCAAAGUGAAUCUAAAUCGCACGAUACACGCGGUUUCGAAAGACUGCCACGAUCGUUCCACGACUCUCGUCAAAUCGGGAUCUUUCUCAGGAUGUACCGUUCAUCAACAGUUAUAUGUAGAGAAGGCACUCGCCAAUAAUCCUACUCCAUUUAGGCUACUCUGUUGCAAGUCGGUUGCUUCCACGUCAGAGACCGAAGGCGAAGAUCGUAACAAUUGUGUCCAAGGACAUUUCACUUACGAUAAUAAUCUGUUGAGUAGCGUGCUAAACAAGGAACUAAGCAAUCAGCAGUUGAACAUGGACAGUGACAUGGAGAUGAACAGUCUUGGCAACAAUUCCUUCUCCGAGCAGGCCUGGGAUAAUUAUCAGGAGAAAUAUAUGAGCGAGACUUACAGCGAGGCGCCGGACGUAGAGACCGCUCGACGAUUGUUGGAUUUUGGAGAUGAUUAUCGAAAUUUCCUCGACAGUCAGUCGGAUUGCGCAUCCAGUAUGAGCGCAAUUCCUGCCAGUUCACCACUGCCUAAAAUUCGCACAUAUCAUGAAAUUGGCGAUAGCACAGAAGAUAGCGAUAGUGACGAGGAAGAUAUACGAAAUGUCACAGAAAAUUCACAAUCGCAGCUUGUACUCGCUGAAAAUUGUUUCGUUAGAUCCAAUGGCGUGAUCCCUACAGAAUUCGCUGAAGUGGAGUCCGCGUGUAAAGAAAACUUAGGGUGUUUGCAGGCUGUGUUGGAAUCGCAGAAUGGAUACUUUCGAAAUGAAAAAUAUUUGAAGCAAGUUCGCGGUAUGAUCGAAAGAUGGGAGACCUUGGCGUCGCGAGUUGAGCAAGCACAAAUGGCCAGCGCUCUUCAUCGCGAACUGGCUGCCAUGCGGACGGAGUUCAAAGCGACGCAUGAUCGCCUGUUCGAUUACGAAAUCGUCUUGGAGCAGCCGCACGUGCUUGAUGAUCGCAUUAACGGAAUCACUGCCGAGCUGACUGUUCUGAAAGACCGCAAGGCUGCGAUGCUCGCAUUGAACGUCUCCGCGCAUCGACUGAUUACCGAUCUCGGUGCCUCCGCGCCUUUGAUCUGUGCUGCCCUCAAAGAUGGCGUAGCGGAUCUUUAUAGGAUAUGGGAUGAAACGUUCCAAAAAUGUAACCAGCAGUUGUGCGCUUUGCAAGCCGUGCAGCAAUUCGGCACACGCUUGGCGGAAUUGCAGUCUGCUCUGCAGAGGGACAAAGACACAUUGGCGGUCCUUGACGUAGCCCUGCAAGCGGGUGCCACCUCGGAGGUUGCCUCUUCCGUUCGUCACGUCGCCCGGCUUCUGUCUGAGAGACAAGACAUCAAUUGUCAGAAUGACGCAGUGUUGAACGACACGACGACCGAGGAGGUGCACUGCGGCUCUCUCUCGAAAUUUGCCGGCGCGUCCGCAAACAAUCUUACGCAGGAGGGUGGAUCCCUCUCCGACAGUGGGAUCUCCGACAGCGGAAGUGAGCAGGAAUUGAGCGAGCGGGAGCGCAGGUUAGCCGCUCUUCGCCGAUUGACGCGCAGCUUGGAGACUCAGUUGGCACCGGGCAGCAGAGCUCUGACCGAGCUCUGGAAGAGAAUCGAGGGUACCGAGGGCGAGCUGCGUGAUCUGCAGAAGCAGUGCAGGGAGCUCAUCGUCCGCACGAGUGCGGCGGCGAGUGUCGACGCGCGUGCCGCCAAGCGAACGGCCAGCCAGGUUCAUCACUUCGCUGAGUAUCGAGAUGACGCGCUCUGCUGGACAGACAGGAAACCGUCCAUGGACGACGUCGGAAAUCCUACCUCCGUCAACGCACGAUUUGAGGAGAGACACUACGCUUUCGAAAGUAUCUUGGAGCUGCGCAAGGAGAAGAGCAGGGACGCGGCGAGGUCGCGACGGGGUAAGGAGAACUUCGAGUUCUACGAGCUUGCGAAAAUGCUUCCACUACCGGCGGCCAUUACCUCUCAGCUGGACAAAGCAUCUAUAAUAAGACUAACAAUUUCGUAUCUCAAACUCCGCGACUUCUCCAGCCACGGCGAUCCACCGUGGUCUCGUGACGGUCCACCGCCCAUCAAAUCUGUCAAAGGUGCCAACCGAGUCAGAUCAUCGACCAGCGCAGCGAUAGAUCAUUUUGAAAUUCAUCAAGGUACUCACAUAUUACAGUCCCUGGACGGUUUCGCGAUGGCUGUCGCGGCUGAUGGCAGAUUCCUGUACAUAUCCGAGACCGUUUCCAUAUAUCUCGGCCUCUCACAGGUAGAAAUGACGGGGUCGAGUGUUUUCGAUUACGUCCAUCAGCAAGAUCACGCCGAAGUCGCGGAACAGCUCGGCCUUGGGCUCGCGUCGUCGUCGAGCACGUCGGGCCCGCACUCGUCGAAUUCUGGUCUAGCCUCGCCGAGCAGCGCCGCGUCGGAAGAGCACGGUUCAACCUCCACCGCGAAUCCCGACGUGUCCUCGGUAAUGUCGCUAUCAGCGACCGGACUUUACAAGGGAUACGACCGAGCGUUUUGCGUUAGGAUGAAAUCCACUCUGACGAAAAGGGGUUGUCACUUCAAGUCAUCCGGUUAUCGGGUCGUGCUGCUGCUGUGUCGUUUGAGGCCGCAGCUCAUAUUUAGCCAUACGAGGAAGACCGCACCACCUCUGAUGGGAAUGGUCGGUCUGGCCAUCGCGCUUCCGCCGCCGAGCGUGCACGAGAUUCGUCUCGAGACCGACAUGUUCGUCACACGAAUUAAUUUCGACUUUCGGAUAGCACAUUGCGAACCAAAGGUCUCCGAGUUGUUGGACUACACGGCCGACGAGUUAACGGGGAAGAAUCUCUACACGCUCUGUCACGGUGAAGACGCGAACCGCCUGCGGAAGUCUCACAUAGAUCUGAUCCACAAAGGGCAAGUACUGACACAUUACUACCGACUGAUGAACAAGAGCGGCGGAUUCACGUGGCUACAGACGUGCGCCACUGUCGUGUGCAAUUCGAAAAAUGCCGAGGAGCAAAAUAUCAUUUGCGUCAAUUACGUCAUAAGCGGUCGAGAGUACGAAAACUUAAUUAUGGAUUGCUGUCAGUUGGAAGACGGUGUCACCGGUGUGAAGAGAGAAGACACUGCUGGGAAUGAUCCCGAAAACGGGUCGCCAGACGCUGACAGAGGAGAGGGUCGUAGUCGAGGCGGCCCUACGAAUCAGCACCAGGAGCAGUCUCACCGGUCGCCCGCCGAGGAGCGAGAAGAGAGCCACGGCUCGGAGAGUGAGAAGCGGGGUAGCAGGCAUCAUGACAAUAUAGCUCAACUGCAGCAAGAGUCACAGGCGGCGGUCGGGAACAUCAGCACGCUCGUGGUGAGACUACGCGGCCACAAGCGAAAGGUCCCUGACGACGACAGCAGUUCCAACGACGAGGACGACGAGGAGGACGCGAGCACGGCGAAGGAGUCGAACAACGAGAGGACCCGCACGCUCAGUCCCGCGGCGUCCACGCAUUCGAUCUCGACGACUGAACAGACCCUCUGCUCGACAAGCCCCAAGUCCCGUCGCACCGUCGAGGCUGGCGGCAGGCUCGACAACAAUUCCGAGAGCACGGGCACCUCGGUAAAGGAUCUGGAGCAGGCGAUGUCGAAGCACCUGCCGGUGAGCUCGCUCAACAAGUCAAACUCGCCGGCGGCACUCCACCAGCCGACCGACUUCAGCACGGACGCGUUGUUGAAGCAACAGCAGCAGAGGAGCACGAUACAAUGGAUAGGCGCUCAUCAUCACCUGGGCCACUUGAGUCCACAACAAUCUACCGCCGCCCCAUUACCCGCCUCCGCGCUCCUCAGGCAACUAUACGCCAACCGGGAGAGUGUAAUACGCGCAAACGUUCAUGGGAUCACGUCUGGUAGCGGUGCACGCGCACCUUCGUCAGCCGGCAUCUAUUACCCUGGCGAGACCGCCCCUAACGGACCGCUGCCAACGCCGCCGGGCUCCGAGGGUUCCAGCACGUACGGCGAGCACCAAUUCGUACUGGCGGCACACAAUCAGAAAGGCGCCAGCGGCGGCAGUUGUGCCGACGCUUUCACCAGUUUAGUCUCCUCGUACACGACCGCUACCGCGGGUGGUUACUCCGUCGACUAUCAUUCCGCGAUGACGCCGCCGUCGUCGGUUUCGCCCCGAGACAAGCAGCAGCAGCAGCAGCAACAACAGCAGCAGCAGCAGCAACAGCAACAACAGCUACAUCCCGUUAACGUGAUAAGCAGCUAUGAGAGCUCGUCGGCGUACGCGGAACCGGUGCUUCGUCAUCAGUAUGAACCGGCUCAGCCGUUACCGUUGAAACCCCAGGUGUACUCGGCCACUGUUCAUCCGAGUGCCUUAGACGCCGCAGCGGCGUACGCCUCGGCGGGUCUGACCGAGCAGUCGCAGUUCUAUCAUCAUCCGGCCGGCAGCGCCGGUUUCCACAUCUACCACCCGACUAACAAGUCGACGGCGAAUGGCUGGUACACUUCGGCGUCCUAGUGGCACCACCAGUAGGAUCCACGAUCGGUCGUGGAACGCGUAACGGAAUGUAACGUGUACUUAAGCAACUGUAAUUAAAAGACCCAAAGCCCUCUCUCUCUCUCUCUCUUUUUCCUCAGCCCCUUUUUCCCUCCUUCCUUUCCUCUGAUUACCCAUUCAUCCAUUCGCCCUUUCUCUCCCCCUCGUGCAUAUCAGUGAUACGCUAAAUUCGUCGGUCGCGACUCGCCUCGCGAACGAACCUCGUGUCGUUGUCGAAACCGGCCGGCGGGAGGCUCUUAGCCGCCCUCUAUCCUCUCGUCAUCGAACUCGCGGCCGCCGCGCAUCCAAUGCGAUCAACGGCGCGCCUGUAACAACAAUCGCUCUCUUCUCCAUUAUGUAGAACGAUUUAUUGUAAUAUAAUGAAUAAAUUAUUAUGUAUGUUGACUUUUCGGAGAUGUGUCGAUGCGCAUUAAAAGCGCACGGAGCCAAGAGAACUCAUGCCGUGUUCACCGUGCGUGUUCGAAGUGAUUUUGAGACGCGACGCUCAAGAGAUCGUAAUAAAAUGUCUAGGAUUUUAUCCCGCGACUUUAUUAUAUACAUGUGAUACGUCGGCAGACGCGAAGGAACGUACGAGACUAUCUUCGCACCACGUUUAGAUAUCACCAGGGUUGUGCCGUAGAUGCCAAGAUUACGUCUGCGCGGAUUGUUUACGUGUUGCUACGCGGAUGUAUACACGGUCUUUUUACAUGUAUAGACAAUGUAAACUACGUAGAAUAUUGUAAAUUAUAUUAAAACGUGCAAGAAAGAGAGUAAUUGAGUUAUGAGAUAGUUGUGCAGCAUCUGUUUUGGAUAUUAAUUACAAAUGCGUAAUGUUUAAAAAGGAUAACAAAUUGCAUGAAAUUUUCAUUUCAUUAUGUGAGUGCAAUUCAUUAGAUUCUACAAAUACUUUGAAGCGCCAUAUAGACCAAUGAUGGUUUUUCUUUAAGUACUUUAAAGUGUUUACAGCGUCUAAUGGAUUGCACUCUAUGUGACAAAUUGAACUCUAAAAGUAAGAAUAUGUCACCAGAAAAUUCUAUAGACUCUAACUUGUUUAAGAAACAAGUUCAUUCAAAUUUACAUCGGGAUUCGAACAUGAAAUAAAAAUAUAAAUUUUUCUUAAGUUUCCUGACGGAACAUUUCUGGUGUUAUCAAUUGAUGACGUCAGAAGCGAGAAAAUGCGCGACAAAAAUUCUUGCAAAAUACGUUUAAAUAAAACGAUAUACAUAUAAUAGCACUUGCAAUCGAUCGAACUUGCAACACAUCUGUAAAAUAAUUCAAACGCUUUCUAUUUCCUCUAAUCAAUAAAUUACCAUAAAAUUAA